UUCUACCUUGAAUAAAAUCCUCUCUGCCCUGCAGCCACAAUAACAAACACAGAAAAGACCGCGCCCUAUAUUUUUAAUGCAUCCAGAGUUGCAUUAUCUAGUUAUCCAAUGUGAAAGUUGCUUUCAGGCUGCAUUUUAACAACUACGACUCUCCAGGUCUGAAUCAAAACCUAUCAAGCCUGAAACUUGUCCACGUGAAAUUCAGUUUCUGAUUUCUGCUUUCACCCAGGCAAGGGAGUGCCUUCAUCUCAACGCCGAGCCCGUGCAGGUCCCCAGGCUCAGGGGUUUUGUGAUCUUCCCAGCAGUCACCCUCCGCAUUUGUCGAAGCAAUUGAUCUGGCACAGGAGUCUCGUAUGUCAGCCAUUAGUCAGGUCGAAAGGUCUUUUCUGCUCAGCUUCCCUCAGGGGAUUGCCUUCGUUAUUUCCUCUUCUUCUUCCCUCUGCUGACAGAGCAGCCUGCUCCUUCCCCAGCCGCAGAGCUUUCCCAGCGGACUGUGCUGUGAGAGGGAGAGGCACGGGCUCCUCGCAGGGCAGGGCAGGGCAGGGCAGGGCAGGGCAGGGCAGGGCAGGGCAGGGCAGGGCAGCGAGCUCCACGCUCACAGCCCUCGCAGGGGCCCGGAGGCUCCAUGGCCACACAGGCAGGAACGUUGUACCCACGCUUAGAGAGCUUUUUGCAGCACACCAGUCCUGUGUUAUUUACAAAAUCUGACAAUGCGCUAUUUUUAUUAUUUACCCUUUACAGCUUGCAUCAUUACAAAUGUGAUUGUACACCAAAGACCUUUUUCCCCGACAGGGAUUUCUGUACCUGGGUGUGUGUGGGCUGGUGACAUUUUCUGGACCUGUUUAUGCCUUAAUCAGAAGUGCACUCAUCACUGCUAUUUACUGAAAUGUUUGCCACUUUUCUUUUCCCUUUUUCUUUUUCUUUAUUUAAAGAGGUUUGUUCAAGUUCAAUAUUGAAAUACACGGUCCCUGCUCCAAACCUCACCAAAGUUUAUGGCAGGUCAGCGAGCUUUGGGUCAGACCCUGACUUUUUUUAACAUCAUUUUUUCUUCCAAACAUUUUGAGCACCAGAGCAAUUGUAGCUUUCUCACACUGUACAGAAUGUAUGCUUCAAAAUUUCCACAUUAAGGAGCUGUCUGCAAUCCUUUGGUGUGAUCAAAAAGGAGAACAUGAAGAAAUCGAAAGAUAAACUAGAAAGGACACCAUACAAGAGGUCAAAGGCAUCUAAAGAUUCCUUUUGAGAAGCAAAGUGACACCUAAAGUGGUGAGGGGAAAAAGAAGACAUAAAGUAGGUCAACGGUGAAUGUAAAAGAGAUAUGAAGAGGCUCCUGCUGUAAUAUCAAAGUGCUUUGGUAAAUCAGAGUAAUGUGAAUAGUCAGAAAGAAUAAUGUGCUGGAAAUCACAAAUGUUUUUUAUCUGCCUGUAACUUAUUAUAUUAAUCAAGGUAUAGAGAUGAAAAUAUUACAAAAUCACGUACAUCUUGUUUUCACAGCCCUUUAAAUGUUUUUUGAAUUAGAGGUAGGUAACAGCUGUGGUUAAUGGCGCUAGAAACUGAAGCUCUAUUUCCAUAGAACAGCAGUAAAGUAUACGUCCUUUCCAGUUGGAGAGAGAUUCAUUCAGCUGCCUGCUCAUUAAUUUUUGACUGUUCUGAUGAGGUUGCUAAAGGAACUUCUAUUUGUGGUGCUGAUUAUAAAAAGUUAGUAUUUGCUGAUUAAACCAAAUUAUUUCACAAAGUCUGUCCCAUGGCAGCUGGGGGUUGAAGUAAAAACACAAAAUUCAGGCAUCGGGAAAAACUGGAGAAGCACCAGUGCGGGCAACAAAUUGCUGGAAGAUGUAUAUUUUAAAGUAUGUGCCUGCCAUCCAUGAUCUGCAGCACAAACGCCAAGUGUCAUCUACUGAACUGAGGCAGCUUCUGCACAGGCCACGCUAAUGAUCGGAGAGAAAUGUUUCCUUGACAGGCUUUGGGCCGCCUCUCUGCCCGGGAAGCCCACGUCCAAGUCUGCUGGAAGGAGCUGCACAGCGAUGUUACACCCUGUUUUUCUUGGGAGGGCGAGGGAAGCUGAGCCUGUGGUCGGAAGCAGGCGGGAAGGACAAACCCAGCAGGCCGCCGAGGCCGGCUCUGGCUGCAGCUCCAGGGCUCGGGCCCGGGUCCGGCUGCAGCUCCAGGGCUCGGGCCCGGCUCCGGCUGCAGCUCCUGCCGACGCCCUCAGGCCGCUCUCGGGCGAGGCUGACCGGGCGGCCGGGGGAGGAGCCGGCGGGGCGGGGGAAAGCACGGCGGCAUGUCGGCCGAGGCAUCAGCCAAUCACUUCAUUUUCUUAAAAUCCUUAAAAUCCAGGAGGCAGUUUGUGGCCGAGCUGCCAGGUGGAGCGGCUCCCAUGGGGAAGAGCCCCCGGGCGGGGCGGGGGAGGAGCGAAGGGGCAGCAGUGCCGGCUGGGCUCCGCGGGGCCCCGCUUCUUUUCCCUUCCCCGGCCCGGCCGAGCAGCGCCGUGAGCCCCGUCCCAGGGAGCCGCGUCCGGCCCCGCCGCCUCCGCCAUGUCGGGCGCGGGCGGGCGCGCCGCGCUGGCGCUGCUGCUGCUGGGGCUGGCGCUGCUGGGGCUGGCGCAGGCCCGGCCCCGCUACGAGCCCACCUGGGGCUCGCUGGACGCCCGGCCGCUGCCCGCCUGGUUUGAUGAGGCGAAGUUCGGCGUCUUCAUCCACUGGGGCGUGUUCUCGGUGCCCAGCUUCGGCAGCGAGUGGUUCUGGUGGUACUGGCAGAAGGAAAAGAGAGAACCCUAUGUGAAAUUUAUGGACACAAAUUACCCACCUGGCUUCAGCUAUGAAGAUUUUGGUCCUCUGUUUACAGCAGAAUUCUUUGAUCCCAACCAGUGGGCAGAUAUUCUGAAGGCUUCAGGUGCAAAAUAUGUUGUUUUAACUUCAAAACAUCAUGAGGGCUUUACUUUGUGGGAGUCCAAAUAUUCUUGGAACUGGAAUGCUGUUGAUGUGGGACCAAAGAGAGAUCUUGUUGCUGAACUAGCAACGUCUGUUAGAAACAGGACUGACUUGCAUUUUGGGUUAUACCAUUCCCUGUUUGAAUGGUUCAAUCCUCUCUUCCUUGAGGAUGCCACCAAUGCCUUUAACACAAGCAAGUUUCCAACCAGCAAAUCUUUACCAGAACUCUAUGAAAUUGUGACCAAGUACCAGCCAGAAAUAAUUUGGUCUGAUGGGGAUGGAAAUGCUCCAGAUACUUACUGGAACAGCACUGGUUUCUUGGCUUGGCUGUAUAAUGACAGCCCGGUCCGGGACACGGUGGUGACCAAUGACCGCUGGGGAGCUGGCACCAUCUGCGCCCACGGCGGCUUCUACACGUGCAGCGACCGCUACAACCCCGGGCACCUGCUGCCCCACAAGUGGGAGAACUGCAUGACCAUGGACCGCAGCUCCUGGGGCUACCGCAGGGACGCGCGCCUCCGGGACUACCUCCCCAUCGAGGACUUGGUGAAGCAACUUGCAGAAACAGUGUCCUGUGGAGGAAAUCUCCUGAUGAACAUUGGGCCCACCCACGACGGCCGCAUCGCUGUUGUGUUUGAGGAGCGCCUGAGGCAGGUGGGCUCCUGGCUGAAGGUCAAUGGAGAGGCCAUCUAUGGAACGAAGCCAUGGAGAGCACAGAACGACACUGUCACACCUGGAGUCUGGUACACUUUCACCCCUAAAGAAGAGAAAGUCAAUGCUAUCUUCCUUAACUGGCCAGUCUCUGGGAUUCUGGAACUUGGUGAGCCACGGGCUAAGCUUGGAGAAACACAGGUGAAGCUGGCUGGAUACAGGGAGCUGCUGAAAUGGGUUGCCCUGGGAGAAAAGGGAAUGGUUAUUGCUCUACCUCAAUUGACUCCUCAGCAAAUGCCAUGUCAGUGGGGCUGGACCUUACAACUGACUCAUGUAGACUGAGCUAUACACUGCUGGAGUCCUGGCUAGCAGGGAUUGCUAAUGCUUUGCGCUUUCCUAUCACUGGUUUUAAACUUGUUUGACUGAGAAAGACCAAUAAAUUCACUUUUGCUAUGAGAGGUGGGCUGUUACUAAAGGAUGGAAUGGAACAAACCUCACAAAGUCUAGCACUAGAUAAUUGAUCCUCUGCACACAGUUUGUUUCUCUGGGCUUGUGUGAAACACUGAGCAGUUACCUUGACCUGGAAACUUGGUUUAGUCAGUUUCUGGCCAAGUUAUGUGAAGAAUGAGGUGGGGGGAAACGGGCAUAGACUUUCAGAGACAAAAGAGACUAAAGCUCAAGCCGGUAAUCAAAUGCACAUAAGUCAGUUGUACACCCUCUUUAAUGCAUGAAAUUUACCUUCCACAAAACUGCACAGUAAAACCUGACAGUUUUAGAGAAAAGAAUGUCCUUUUCCAGCUGUGUUUAGCUAGUGGUAGCUGGCAGUUUCAGCUGAAUAGGGUAAUGUCUGCAAGAAGAAGCCUGUAAGGGUUGGAAUUCAUCAUAAAUGCAUACAGGCAAUGCAUAUGUACAUCAUAAUUUCUUAUCAUGGAAGUCAUUAAUUUUACAUGUACCUAUUCUUGAGUAACUCCAUCCAUCCAUCCAGGUAAACUGGGAGAGGGUUGGGUUUUAUAUUUUGUAUAAUUUUACAUGGCAUAAAACCUGCCUUUUGUUUACAGCCUUUGUUUAUACACAGUUACCAGGGUGCCUUCUGUGGACAAAACAUAUACUUCAGUGAGUAACUCUUGAAAAAGAGAAAUAAUCACGAGUUGCUAGGGAUCUUCAACUUUGGCAAAGAGACAACAUUUUAAGCAGAGAGUAGACUGCAUCCAACUUGAAAAAUUUCCAAACUCAUCAUGUGUCAUGAUUUGUAGGGCUAGACACACAAGGUGAAACUUGCAAAGAGGAGAAGAAAAAGGACAACAAAAAGCAUGAAUUAUUUCUGUUUCAGUGUAAAGAUUGAAGGUUGAUUUUCCCUGAGUAAUGUUUGUGAGUGCAACAUUAGUACUGUAUAAGUUAAAUUUAUUCUUUCAACUCUGUCAGGAUUGUGAGUUGAUUGGAUAGGUCAGGUUAUUCUCCUCCCCAGUAAUGUUAAUACAGACACAAAUUAUACAUUAAAAUAUUUUAUUACAAUACAGACAAUUGGGCUCAAAAUUAAUACAAAUUAAGAUAAAAUAUUUACAAGGUAAUGUGUACAGUGUAGCUGUUUGAACAGCAUAAACAAGAGUAUGUCUAAAAAACCACAUUCCUUUAGUAUUAAGUAACAGAGAGAGCAGACCCCCAGCUUGUUCAAGGGGAACAUGCAUCCAUUGGCAAAGGCUUUCUGAAGAAUGAGAGACUUUGGAACAAGAUUUGUAAAGUUAAGGG